AUGAAGGCUUCCUUGGUCUUCCUCUCCGUCCUCACCGCUGCCUCUGCAGUGCCCCUCCACCCCCCACAGAUCCAGCUCAGCACGGAGAACCCCCAUGAGCAGGACGUCGGGGUGAUGACCCGCCCCUCGUGGUUCACCUCCACCCUCAUGGCCCGUCGUAUGCUCGCACUGUCCACGACGGGAAGCGUGUCUACCAUUUUCCCUGCCCAGGACUCCUCCCUCGUCCAUGAACAUCAUGCCAAAGGCGAGGGCAAACACGCCAAAGGCGAGGGAAAAGCCCACUCUAAAGGCGAGGGUAAAGGCAAGGGCAAAGGCAAAGGCAAAGGCAAGGGCAAAGCCAAAGUUCACGGUAAAGAAGAACAAGGACAAGGAAAAGCUGGAGCAUGGGCCACCCCCCCCGAGGUGGCAGGCCAAUCGGUCGCGCUGAGCGAGUACAUCGCCGAUUGUUCUGCCGAGGCGAACGGUGAUCCGACAUUUCUGGGCCUCCGGAUCGGGACGACUUUCCGGAACAUCGCAGCUGGGUCGAACCUCUCGCUUUCGAUCGACUGGUGGGAUCACCUCGACCAGACCGAACCGGUGUACCCUGGUUUCCCCAUGAGUGAGGCCGGGUUACCGCGGAUGACGCUAUUCGGGUACCUGGAAGAAUACGACGAGGUGGAGGACGCAGAGCAGCUGGAGGCCAUGACGAGCUGUUACCUCGCUGCCCAUCCGGAUGCGAGCGCCUGGCUCCCCGGUGCCAAGUAUAGCCCGCACGCUUCCUUCUGGGCGCGCAUGGUCGUCGAGAAGGUCUACUGGCUUGGUGGGUUCGGCGAUCUCGCCCAGAUCGGCUGGAUGGAUGUCGACGAUUGGCGUGCUAUCCGGGCCGAUUCUUCCAGUGUCGGAGAUGGUAGGGGUUGGAAGGAUGUCCGCUUGCCAGGGGAGGAGCAGUGA